ACAUAACUCGCUCCUUGCUGCAACGAACCGCGGUCGUGGACAAAUGCAGAAGUAUAUUUAAACAGUCGAGAAAUCCAGCGUCCCCCCCCCCCCCCUGUGGCGUAAGUUUGGAGUAAAAGCGAAAAAGGAAUUUGGUCAUUUGGCAAAUUAUUCCACUCGCCCGAACAACCGCGGCUAACGGCACGGGUUAAGCGAACACGUAUUUACGGUACAGGGUGACCCAGCUUGGUCCGUGAGACAGAGAGAUGGCACAUGCCUCGUCCCGCAAGGGCUUCUACCGCAUCGAGAUCAACAAGAUGGUGUGGGAGGUGCCCAAGCGAUACAGCCAACUCUUCGCUGUCGGCUCGGGAGCCUACGGGACUGUGUGUUCGUCCAUGGACUUGGUGACCGGCAGCAAGGUGGCCGUGAAGAAGCUGUACCGGCCCUUCCAGUCGCGCGUGUUCGCCAAGCGGGCCUACCGCGAGUUGCGGCUGCUCAAGCACAUGAAGCAUGAGAACGUGAUAGGUCUGGUGGAUGUGUUUACUCCGAAUGACACACUGGACCAAUUUCAAGACUUCUAUCUGGUCAUGCCCUUCAUGGGAACGGACCUGAGCAAGAUCAUGAAGCAUGGGAAGCAGUCAGACGACAAGGUUCAGUACCUGAUCUAUCAGAUUCUCAAGGGACUUAAGUACAUUCAUUCUUCUGGGAUCAUCCAUCGGGAUCUCAAACCAGGGAAUCUCGCUGUAAAUGAAGACUGUGAGCUCAAGAUCCUGGACUUCGGGCUGGCUCGCCACGCCGACCAGGAGAUGACGGGCUACGUGGUGACACGCUGGUACCGCGCUCCCGAGGUCAUCCUCAACUGGAUGCACUACACGCAAACCGUGGACAUCUGGUCGGUGGGCUGCAUCAUGGCGGAGAUGAUCACCGGAAAGCCUCUGUUUCCUGGGAAUGACCACAUGGACCAGCUGAUGCUGAUCCUGAAGCUGACGGGAACACCUCCACAGUACCUCGUCGACAGAAUGGACGAGAAUGCAGCCAAGUACAUAAAGACGCUGCCCAAGAUGGAGAAGAGACGGAUUUCCACCGUGUUCCCAAACGCCAACCCAAUAGCCAUCGACCUGCUGGAGAAGAUGCUGGCGCUUGACCCCGAGCAGCGGCCCACGGCCUCGGAGGCUCUGCAGCACCCCUUCUUCUCGGAGACUCGCGAGCCGCUCGAAGAGACCGAGGCCGAGCCGUACGACCAGACGUUCGAGGGCGUCGAGCUGGAGACGAGCGAAUGGAAAAGUCUGAUCCAUGUCGAGAUAACGACCUUUGAUCCAAAAAACCCGCACCAGCUGGCCACAUAGAGCCUGGCCUGGCCCGGCACGAGCGUUCACCCUCAAACGUCCACUCGCGGCCACCCACCAGCAAACCCCCGGGGUUCAUCGACACAGCAGAUGCUUUGUGAUUGUCAGUUUCGCACACACACACAAACAUUUUGUUGAUUAAACGAUUAUACUUCACGUGCAGCGUAGAAUGUAACAGCUUCGAGCUCUCGCAAGAACUGAUUUCCUUGGCCUCAUCGGCACGCCAGGUUUUUAAUGACAUUUGACAUUCUCUCCAAUUGAAUUACAGUUCACAUGUGUGGUGUACAACACAGAACACAAUAUCAACAGUUGCAGGCAAAUAUGCAUCAUACAUAUAUCUACACACACACACUUAUAUGCAACUUCGUUUGUCAGUCUGUUCACAUGUUUGUCUGUCGCAGCAUUUUCUUGUGUAAUUAUCUUCUUACAUGAGUCGGGAAGGAUACAUUCUGACUGUAAGAAACCAGGAACCUAUGGUACUGAACGUCACCUAUGUUUGACCCGUGACCGUUGACCCGGGUGAAAGAAAUGCAUGCUACUUGCAAUGAGUGGUGUGCUUUCUACUGGACAAAGCGUGCUAUUGCAAUAGUCGUGUCAUCUAUACGGUACUAUAUGACACUUUACUUGUCAUAAGCGACUGGUGAGUGUCUAAUGAGUGCAAUUGGUGAGUGUCUGGUUAGUGGUGAGCGUGUCAGAUAAGCGGUGAGUAAGGGUUGCCACCUUUGCUAGUUUUUUCCAGGAUCGUCCUCUCUUCGAGGUAGCUACUGCCCUGGGAAAUCUGUACGUCUUCCCGGGUAAAAUAAAAGUCCCGUUUGUUUUUGUUAUCAGUUGCAUAGAGAUGCAUCACUCAAGACUAUGCAUUUACAUGUGGUCCUCCCAUCUGGUGAUUGUGAGAUAUUCAUCUUUCCAUGAUAUGUCUCCGUUUCUUGUACCUCAGAGGUAGCUGUCCUUACACUGAGUGGUGAGCUAUCCACCCUGCCUGUAGGAUGGCCUGCCCUAUCGUUACAAUACAUUUACACUACACAGUAUCAUUGGAAAGCCAUGUCUUGCAUACCCUCUCUCUCUGUUGACUGUGAAUUGGAAAUUAGGCUUUGUCUCGUGGAGCCGGCAGGAAUUUAGAUUUUUUUAAAUAUUCUUUGGGUCUUUCGGUAAAGUCAAGUUGAUAGGUUCAAAAAUAAUACAAAUUAACAAAAAACU